AGUCUUUUGCUUGAGGGAGACAGCAGAAAGCAAGGGUCUAACUAACAUUCAUCUGUGAAGACUUUACAAUAGUUUACUUAUCUGCUUUUGGGUAUCUUUUGUCUUCUGGUUGCUCUGUGGAAUAUUUUACUGGAGGUCUGGACUAACAGAAGUCUUUUUUUUCUUGCUGUAAAAAUGGCUCUCAGACUGGACUCAGAAAAAGAACCAAGCGUGGAGCUCUUCAUAAAGGCAGGCCAUGAUGGGGAGAACACGGGGAACUGUCCUUUCUGCCAGAGACUCUUCAUGGUUCUUUGGUUGAAAGGAGUCAAGUUUACAGUAACCACAGUUGACAUGAGAAAGAAGCGAGAGGAGUUGAAGGACUUAGCUCCGGGAACCAACCCUCCUUUCCUCCUGUACAAUGGCACCCUGAAGACAGACUUCAUUAAGAUUGAAGAGUUCCUGGAGUCAACCCUUGCCCCUCCCUGCUAUCCUCACCUCAGUCCCCGCUACAAAGAGUCUUUUGAUGUUGGUUCUGACAUUUUUGCAAAGUUCUCUGCUUUCAUCAAGAACAGCUCAAACAAUUCUUUCCACGAAAAAGCCUUGCUGAGAGAGUUUAAGCGUCUGGAUGACUAUAUGAAUACUCCGCUGCAGGAUGAGCUAGAUCAAAACAUUUCUGUAUCUAAAAGGAAGUUUCUUGAUGGCAACCGCUUGACACUGGCAGAUUGCAAUUUGUUACCGAAGCUGCACGUCAUCAAGGUUGCAGCAAAGAAGUACUGUAAUUUUGAUAUUCCAGUUCAGUUCACUGGAGUGUGGCGUUACCUGCAGAAUGCAUAUGAGAGAGAAGAAUUCAGCCAGACCUGUCCAGCGGACAUUGAAAUUGAGAAAGCAUAUCUGAGUGUGGCCAAGAGGAACUGAACUAUAGACUAAACAGUGAAUUUAAGAUAUAAAUAUUUAUAUACAUUUGAAAUAACACAAUAUCCCAUAUUCUUCCCAUAUAGGGCUUGGAGGAGGCAAUAUACAGUAGAAAAAAUAUAAACAGUUAUGAUCAUGGAAAUAAGUUUAUAGCCAUCUACAACAAAAAAGGCAUGCAUAGUUUGUUAAUGCACUUUCAUUGUGCCUGUGAUUCCAGAACCCUAGAUAUGCUAGUAUACUUUUCAUUGACUGCUACUGUUAGUUCAAGUCAUAGAUCUUAUUUUGGAAGCUUUUGGGAUUAUUAUAGAGUCCCUUGCGAAUUAUCUUGAGCACUACAGUCAAUUUGAGCUUUAAACACAGCAUACCAAAUGCUUUCUGUGCAUAGUGUAUAUAUGUAUUUUAUUCAUAAUAUAAGGCAUAUUCGGUUAUCUGUAUACUGUGUAUAUAUAUAUAUAUAUAUAUAUAUAUAUAUAUAAAGAGUAUGUGCUUUUAAUCAAUUGCAAGAAUGAGCUAAAAAAACCUAAAGAUAAGAAAAGUGUUAUCAGCAGUGAAAUCAAGCACAGCAUAGAAGUCAUGUGCCACAAUUUCCAAAGUAAUGGUUGCUUUAUUUUAAUUGUUACUGAGUACUAAGAUGUAUUGAGACACAUUAACAUCACCAUUGUUUAAGAAAGAGAUUAAACUGCUUUUUAUUUUAGAUUUUACUUAAAUAAAACAAAUACUGUAUGCAUAUGACCAGAUUGUUUCCAUCUUUCUCU